GCCGAGCUCUCAUCUGCAAUAGAAUAACGUCGUCGAACCGGCUUCCGUCAUACAACACUCACACGACUCGCCUUCGUUACUAGAUUCGACUUCUUCAUCUUCCCCCUAAAUCCAUCCAUCCACAACCCCCGUCAUUCAACAAUGCCCUUACCAAAGAGCGAGCCAGUCAUCAUCAUCGGCGGCGGAGCAUUCGGCCUCUCCACCGCUCUCGAGCUCUCCACGCGUGGAUACACGGACAUUACCGUUUUCGAGCAGGACGAGGAGAUACCCUCGCGCUGGUCUGCCGCGAACGAUCUCAACAAGAUCAUGCGGGCCGAGUACGAGGAUGGCUUCUACACCGAGCUAGCCAUUGAAGCGAUGCAAGCUUGGCAGACACCGCUCUUCGCGCCGCACUUCCAUCGCGUCGGCUUCUUGAACUGCGUAACGGGAGCAGCGCCGCAGAAAGCUGUCGAUACCAUGGAGCGGUUUCGCGCGGCUGCUGAGCGGCAUCCGGUCAUGAAACCGUUCGUUUCUGGCGUGGACGGACGCGAUGAGCUCCGGCAACUGUGCUGGCAAUUCGACGGCCAGCUACCUGGAUGGAAAGGGUAUAUUAACAAGUACGACGGAUACGUGCAUUCGGCAAAUGCACUACGCGGCGUCUACCGAGCUGCGCGUGAGAAUGGAGUCCGAUUCCUCCUUGGGGAGAAAGUAGGUGCGGUCCGAGAAAUCGUGUACGAGGACACAUGUCAGGGGAGGAAGAGCGUAGGAGUCCGCACACAGGGCGGCGAUUUCCACGCUGCUUCUCUCGUCAUUGUGGCCGUUGGUGCGGCCGCCACGAAAAUCGUGCCCGAAAUUGGUUCGCACGUUCAGGCCAAAGCUUGGUCCGUCGCCCACGUCCGCCUCACGGAGGACGAGACGUCUUCUCUUCGCGGCAUACCUGUCACGUACGCCCGAGAUCUUGGCUUCUUCUUCGAACCGGAGCCCAAAACGAACCUGCUCAAGCUGUGCCCGAUGGGAGGCGGCUAUGUCAACACCGACCCUUCGACAGGCCUCUCCCAACCGCCGGAAUCUUUGACGCAAAGCCGCUUUGUGCCGCACGAGGACGAGCUGAAAAUGCGCGAGCUUCUUCACCAGACUCUCCCGCAUCUCGCGGAUCGACCACUGGUGAGGAAGUCUCUGUGCUGGUUUGCGGAUACGAGCAAUUCCGACUUUGUUGUAGACUACGUUCCGCAAACGUCCUCCUCGGUCAUGCUGCUUUCCGGCGACUCCGGUCAUGGUUUCAAGAUGUUCCCUAUCGUUGGACGAUGGGUGAUUGACCUCUUGAAUUCUGCGAAAGAGCAGCAGCCCAUUUCUAGGUGGCGGUGGAGGAAUUUCAGUUCCGCGAACGGUAAUGCGAGCCAGGAUGAUGUGAGCUGGCGCAUAGGAGACGUAAAGGAAAUUCGCGAUCUCCAAAUCAACCAGGUAGAGUCGAAGCUGUAAUGUAUUGUUCCCGCGCACAUUUAAUGCGAAGGGAACUUGCUGUUAUGUCCAGAUCCCAUACGGUCAGGUAUUUCGUG